ACAAUGGAUCCAAUUUUAAAUGAAUCCUAUCAAAACUUAUAUUUAAAUGUUCCAGUGAUAGAAGCAAUUUAACUUCACCUUGUUCUCUGAGAAAACAAUUACCAUAUUGAUUGAUGUUACACAUGACUUGUUGUAGUUGCAGCCCUGAAAUGGAUACAUAAUGUGGACUACUAGACACACAGCAACCCAAACCACUGUUGUCACCACAUUUAAUUGCCAUUUUCAUAUUUUCCAUGUUGCACAUUACCCAUGCAAUGCCUGUUGUUUGACCAUAGUGUGAGAACAACACAGUAUUGUUUUUUCCUAACCGUAUCUCCUUGUCUUAAAUUGAUACCUGGCCCUGAAUUAUGCACAGGAGAGCCUUUCUACCUAAUGACUGGCCUAUGUUUUAUUUAAAGUGGGGACAAAAGGCGCCCGUGGCUGUGGCGGUGUUGCUUCGGGGGAAACCAGACACUGGUGUUUUGUGCUGUGGUUGAAACUGAAGCACUCAUGCGGUACAUUGGUCAGAUGGUGGGAGCAGCAGGAGCACACUGGCCUCUCUGUGCUGCUGCUGGAUGCCCUGCUGCACCCACAGACUGACCUGAAGGCUGCUAAGAGCGCCUUAUUGAGACAUUUGUGCAGAGACGGCGUGCGUGUAGGUGUAAUGCAUGUGUAUAAACCAUGGUAUACACACAAAGACACAGACAAUUCAUGUGCACUGAGGCAAAGAAACCAACAACAUGCAUCCACCUUCUGCACACAGGUGCCCACAUUAACGCCUGUUGAUUCGAAACUCAACACAUCACUCUGCGGGGAGAGUCAUGCAUCACUGGUGUUGUUAGAACGCAUCUAAUGCAAUACACAAAGACAAAACAUUCAAACAUGUGGCAAUACACAAAUGUAGUGGUAGCUGCAUACAGGUGAUUGUGUGUAUGAUGGUGUGUGUACAGGUGUUGUGUGUAUGCAGGAUGAUUAAAGAACAAAAGACGCCAGAUACAAAAGAAGAAAAUAGAACGGUAAGGUUAUAAAAUAGAGUAGGGUCACAAAGCCAAGGGCCAAAGCGUACCCGGUGGGAUGAUGAAACGUGAACUCUUUCUCUGCAUUUACGUAUGGCUGUGUCUCUUUCCUUCAGCCCCUGUAGACCUGCCGCAGAAAAAAGGAGUUUAACAAAAUAAAAUAUGAUUGAACAGUGAAGUCAUUUUUGGACAUUAUAGAUUUAAAAGAAGCAAUAAGUUAGGGGUUAGAGGUUAGGAGUGGCAUGUGCUGGUCGCUCAUUUAACAGUGGAAAAUUACUCUUGGUGUGUUUGGGUUUUACUUGGAUGUUUACAUUCUUUUAGUGACCUUUCACCCAGCCCACCUCUGCAAGGAUGAACGAACAGGUUUGGCUACGUGAGCCAAAAUGAGAUGAGAUCCAGAUACGUACAGGAGCUACUGAGCAGACCGUUUCAAGAGGCCAAGAAUAAACAAAAAGAAGGCAGGAAAAUGACCUAAUUAGCGACAAGCGUGACGGACAACCUGGUGCAAAUGUGUUGGCGGUAUAUUCCCAAGUUUCACCCACAAGGAAGACACAUGCAUCAGUGCACAAACUUGUAUACCACAAACCCCGCCCUUCCCUUCCUGUCAUCCGCCCCAGUCCUCCAUGGAUUCCUACAACUUCCACUUUGAGAGAAUGAGCAACGUGGACCUCCAUCCUCUGAGCCUGCCCGUCAGCCGGCUCUCCCCCGCCAAGUCCAACAGCAGCAUCGCCGACCAUCUAGUCCACCAUCAGCACGGCAAAGGAGACUCUGCCUACAGCUCCUUCUCUGGGGGGUCCACUGCCCCAGACUACCCCUCCCCCUUUCUCCCAGACGACAUACAGUCCAGCUCCUUCAGCCACUAUGCUGAUCUUAAGUACGUGAAGUCCAUAUACCAUCCCACCCAGGUUCUUCAGUCCGACUCAAAGACCAUGGACCAACUCUAUCGCUCUGUGGAAGCUAUCUCUCAGCAAUAUCGUAACAAUACCAACACCAAUGUAAACCACCAGAAUGGCAACAACAGUUUGCACAUCAACAACAAAGCGCUCUCUAAAAAAGAGGUGCCUAUGGGGGCUCAUUCCCACCCUACUGUCCGUCCUCCUCCUGUUCCAGCACGAAUGGAUAGUUUUAUAGCCACAAAAAACUUGGAAAACAGCCGAGUCCACAAUCAAGGUACUGAAUUUAAACCCCAGCCGCCUCAACAACAGCCCAGACCCUUCAGUCGACUCCAUCCACAGCCCCAUGGUCAAAAUGCUCCAAAACCUGAGACGGCUAACCAAGAUACAGGCAAAGCAAGCUUCAGUUCGGACCCAGUUUUCUCAGUGUGGAGGGGCUCUCAACAGGAACUGCCACAGGCCCAGCAGCCGCCAACAUACCGCCCCCAUCCCCAGCCUCACGAUCAAACGAGGGCGCCGUUGAACCCAGAAUACCUUUCCAUCACUGAUAACAAAGCAGCGGAGCAGGACAAGUCAAUAAACUCCAUAAGCCAGCCUGAGCACCUGAAACCCAGACUGCCUUCAAGCAGUGGUGUGUUUAAUGAAGACCAUAACAACAAGCCCAGUGGAAACAGUGGCCAUUUGGAGAGUAAGCGCAAAAGGGCGCACUCGGCGCAUGAUUGGCUUGGUUCAGAGCCAGCUCGAGCUGCCAGCCCCUGGAAUGCUGGUCAGGGUUUCAUCAACAGCAGCAUCCAGCAUAAGGGUCAAUUCUAUUUUGUCACAGGACUGUGUAAGCUGUCUGAAUCUGGAAUGAGGACACACUCUGCAUCUGUGUGUGGGUCUGAGACUGGAAGUGAGAGCUCCACUGUGGUGCUAAGAGAAAAAGGAAGAUGCCACAGCACAAUGGAUAAUUUGUUUAGAUCUCUCCAAGAUGAGACCUCUUUCAGUGAUGCGAGAGAGGCUUUAACUUCUCAGAGCCAGGACCUUUCCUCCAGAAGCCAGGAUCAGGAGAAUCACAGACUAUCCCUCAUUUCAAUGCGGUCCUCGAGAAGCUUCGACACCUUAGAAGAAAUCGACAUGAUCCAGAGUCGGGAUAUUAGCCGCCACACUGCCAACAACCCUAUAUUCUACUGUGGACCUGAAAGAAACUGCCCACCACAUUCAACCAAACCAACAAAGGAGGUGACCCCACUCAUAAGCAAUGAACAGCCUAACCCCCACAAGAGAGAGGAGCAAGCAAAAAGAGGGAAACGGCAGCCCUUGGGAGAUGUAGCCAGCGAGAGGAUAAACAAAGAAACAACCCCGCUACUGUACCACCUCACCGGAGCCAGCAGGGCGGCGUCACAGCCUAAAAAGGAUGCUGAUUUCAGUACAAAAGGCAACGAAGCAAUUCUAAACAAAACAGGUCAUGGAGACGUGGUUGGUAGCGAGAAGGAGAGACUACUAAAAAGUGACACGAGCAAGAACGAUAGAGAGGAAGUUGCCUGUAACACGCUGGACGACUCCUUUAAAAAGUACUACAAAGAGAAGCUGAAGGAUGCCCAGUCGAAAGUCCUGAGGGAGACGUCAUUUAAAAGGAGGGACCUGCAGCUGUCAUGGCCGCACCGUACCAGGCCAAAACCUGAGCUGAGGCCUACAGUUAUCCACGCUUUCUCCUCAUCACAGGACUCUGAGACCUCCACAGAUACACUCACUCCCUCUGUGGCCUCUGAGGAGACCGAGAGGGAGAGCAUCAAAGACGAAGUCAGGGAGAGUCAGGAGGAGAGGGACAAAGAGGCUGAAGAGGUAAACGGGAGGCCAGCGAAUGUGGCCCAGCCCCAGGUAGCACGCAUCAGAGGCAGGAAGCGAUUGACUCAAGAGCAGAAAAAGAUGUGCUACUCUGAACCAGAGAAACUCAACCAGCUCGGUGGAGCCCCCGUCCACUCUGCAUGCCGCUCCUUUGGCAACGACACUGAAAGCCUGUUUGCAGUCGAAUGCGAGGAAGAGGAACCUGCGCAGCAAGGGGAACAGGGACUGGUUGCAGCACGGAGGAAGAUGUUUGAGACGAGAGGUAGAGCCCUCUCAGCUUCUAGCGCUACAAAAUCCAACUUGAAACACAUGCAACACAAGGCGCUGGUGGAGUACAUGGUGCGUAAAACGGGCCAGAAAGUGCCCGAGCCACAGCAGCCGGCUCCUCAGUUACCAUCUCCACCCAGACAGAGGCACUCUCUGGGGGAGAAACCCUUCGACUGGGGUCCCAGGCCUCUAUCAGGAAAUAAUGAAGGCAAAAACACCAAGAAUAAACCCAACAGACCCCACUCUGCAGGCCGCAUCCUGGACUCCUCUGCCAGCUCUAUCAGGUACGCCCAGUUCUUCUCGGCACAGUCUUGUUCAGGCCAAUAUGUGGGUCAGUCCAAUCAACCCAGAUGGAGGGAGAGCCAAGGCCCAUCUCAGGGGAAGUCCGCCUCAGUGGAGAGUCUCUUGGACCAACCAGAACCACCAUGUUUUUUAAGGAACAGAUCCACAUCCACACCACAGGCACUCGAUCAUGAAGAGGAUCCAUUACCAGUUAAUGCUAUGGAAACCCCCAGUCCUCAGAUGCAUGCCAGUGAGGACUCCUCAUUGAAGCCGGCCCCUGAGGGCCAGCAGCGCGUCCGUGUGGUCGCACAGAGGGGGAAGUCCAUGGAAGAGCUCGGGGCAUCAAAGUUACCAAGACCAUCGGCCAUGAGUAAAAGUUCUGAGCAGUUAGAUCAACUUUGGAGGGAUCCGACUGAACCUGGAGGACCCGUCAAAGACAAGAGGAGCGUUUCAUUCUUUGCUGAAGUCAGAGAAACCCAGGGGCUGGUCCGAGGGGGAAUGAAACACAAUGUAACAGGGCAAAAGGAAACGGCGAUCGUUGGUCAGGGACAGACACAAAACCAAGCCCACAUAAAGUCUGUGUCAAGGCAGAGCUCUGAAACAGAGGAGAGCGCCUCAGCUAGUAGAUCCUCCUCCCCGGCCUCCUGCAGGACUCCCUCUGGAUCUCCUGGUUCUCACGGCCCGGUUACAGAUGAGGUCAGGUCCAGCAGACCGCCCAGUGAGACUCCACCUGACCCACCUUCCCCCAGAUGUCCAGAGACCAGUGAGAGAGAAAUCAAAUCCACCUCGUCCACUCCCACCCAGACAAAGCUUCCCUGUGAAAACAGGCCCAGCUCCAGAGUCAAGACUUCUCCUUCUGCAUCUGGAUCAGAGAGAGAGCAGUCGGUGGAUGAAGAAAGCAACAUUUCCCUCCAACUCGAGUCAAACCAGGAAGUGUCUCUGAGCUGCGGUGUCACCACCGAUCCAUCGCUGUGGAUUCUCCCCGCAGAAGAGGAGAUCAAAGAGGAAGUUCAGUCUUCGGCGCUGACAGACAACGUUUUUGACGACGAGUCCACCAGCCCCGCCCCUCCGACACAGACAAGCGAAACCUCUGUGUCUGCCUGCACCUCCAUCUCUGACACAGACAUCAGUCAGCAGGUGGAGGAGGAGGAACAUCCAGAACCGGAAGAUGAGAAGUCUGGAGAAAACCAAGCGACGGAGGAGAGGGGGACUCAAGAGGGAGAGACAGAGAGCCUGGAGAGGCCUGCUGAAAGACCAAAGUGGGAGGGGCUAGUAGAAGCGGCAGUCAAGGUUGACCAAUCGCUGGCCAGAGUUUUCUACCCACUGACCAAUCGUAAGACGGCACUGAUGCUGAUGGAGCAGCUGCUGUCAGAGGACACGCUGCUGAUGGAGGAACACUACAAGAAGAAGCAGGAGCAGAAAGGAGUUGCAGAAAGUCCUGACACAGUGGAACAGGCUGAACCAUCUCCUGCUCCGUCUGCUCCUGACAGCCCUAAACCUCCGAGUACAGACCUGCAGAGCAAAGCUGACAUCACUGAGAGAAAGCGUCUCUUAGCGUCCAUUAUCGAUGAGCGCCUUCACUCACUGGAGGAGACUCGCGGGGUCUUGCAGGCAGAGAUCCAGGAGAACGUGGCCCACGGGGGGGUCCUGGAGGUGCUGGUCCGCGAGCGCUGUGUGCCCGUGGAGCUGGAGAGGUACAACCUGUUCAUAGGAGACCUGGAGAGGGUGGUGAGCCUGCUGUUGUGCCUCUCCGCCCGGCUGGCCAGGGUGCAGAACGCCCUCAGCACCGUGGACCAACACACAGACGCUGAAGAGAUGCAAUCUCUGGACAGCCGCCACCGUCUGCUGUGCAAACAGAGGGAGGACGCCAAAGAUCUGAAGGAUAACCUGGACCGCAGGGAGAACCUGGUCUCCACCUUCCUGGGGCGUCAGCUGUCCGCCGAGCAGCUGCAGGACUAUCGGCGCUUCGUGCAGACCAAGGCCUCGCUGCUCAUCCGGCAGAAGGACCUGGAGGAGAAGCAGAGGCUGGGAGAGGAGCAGCUGGAGGCGCUCUCCAACAGCCUGUGAAGAGAGGAGCAACACAAGCACAGAUUCCUCCUUCACUUGCCUUAAAGUAGUAGCUUGUUUAAGAAGACAUGUAGAGAGGUGGCUGUCUUUUUCCCAACCCUGUCAUGACUUCCUAAUGUAUCAUUGAAAACGUUGACAAACGCAUCAUGCCUCCCGCUGCUCUCCUCUCAUGCUACUCCCGAGGCUGCACAUCAGAUGCAAAAAUCUGUGCACCUGAAGACUUUUCUCAAUGUGUCGCACAUCUUUCCAUUAACUUAAAACACUGAGCUGGUUUUUUUUCUGUGUGCCUUGAUGUUGCUGUGGAUCGUUUUCCAUUAGAGCUGCUGUGUGGUGGAAACUUUGCGUCCCCUGUUAGCGACUGUCCUCCACUUUUUCAAUGAGAUGGUAGUGCUACAGCCCUGUAUCUGCACCUGUGGAAACCUAUUAUAAGCUUUAAGAUUGUAUUUGGACCUGUGUGAAGGCUUCAGUGAAAGUGUAGCCUGAGAGGGGGCGCUGUGCUGUAUCAUGUCAGCAAGAUGUACAAUAGCUGUAGUAGAUUUAAUCGUUAUGUUUUUGUAAAUAUUCUUAUUUUUGAAUGUGUUUUCAAAUUAAGGCACUAAAAACCAAAAAGGGUGAAUGAAAAAAAAAGCACUUUGUAAUGAUACAUAAAUGCACAUUUCUUAAAAUCAGAUUCAAGUAAUUUCAAUGAAAGCCUUACCCCAUCCAUUUAAACAAUAUCCCUGUUUUUGUCGUUGUUUCGUCAUACAUUUUCAAUAGGAAUGUCGACAUAUUUUUUAUAAAAAAGGUACAUGAGCACACCAUGCAACAUUAAGGAUUUUGUACAAAUUCUUUUCCAGCUAAUUUCAUACAUAAUGUUAUUAAGCCUCAAUGAUUUCACGCUUAAACAGUUUCUCCUAAGGAGGUGCUAAACCUCUUUAAUCAGAUUAUGAGUCAGCAAGAAUUAUAUCACUGAGUAUUUUCUCCCAAUGUCCCUUUGUCACAGAAGUGACACGUGAUACUUGAAAUAGUUUUUAUCAAACGGGAAAGUCCACAAUCUUCACUUCAGGUGUCUUAAACUAAUGUUCAAUGUUCUAGCUCCACUGCAUAUCACCUGUUAGAUAUGUUACCUUUUAGUUUACUUAAAUGUAGUAAACUCUUCUCAAAGGAAAUGCACUCUUGAAUCAAAAGACUUUCCCCCAUUUUCUUUAAAGAAUCUGUUUCCACAUUUCUUUACUGAAUCUUCAACUAGACGCAUCAAAGUGACUGUUGUUCUCAAGUUGUUGUUCUCAGAAUGUGUGCAACGUGUGUGUAAAAUCAGGAAUGUCUUCAUUUCAUGUUUAUAGUGAGUAGUUGUUGAAGAGAAAGACAGAACUCCUAUUGGUGUUUGCCGUUUAAGUUUUCAACAAAACUCCUUUUGUGGAAGUGAUUCAAUGUUAUUAUCCCUCAGGAAAUCAUACCUGUUGGCUGAACUGAAAAGGUUUCCAGUGUUGACUGUUUUAUAUAUGAUAUUUAUAUAAUGACUACAAAAGGCAGAGCAUCAUUUGCAUCCCCUCCACAUAAAACACCAUUAACUCACCCUAACUCUAAAUGUCAAAAAAACAACCUAGAAACUCUUAACUUUAAAGAUAUUGUUCUGUUUCUUUUGAUACGCAGUUUCUCCAUCCCCCGCCAUCCCUGGAACAUUUCUCCAGAGAUUUACGACCCUGUCCGUUUCAGUUUGCUAAACAAAUGUCUGUUUGUUUUGGCCUUUGUGCUGACGCAGUCCUGAAGGGUUAGAAAAGACUCUUGUUGUUCCCCGCAACCUUCAGGAAUUUCUAAAGUAUGCCACAUUUAGGAGAAAGAAAGCUUGCGGGGGAAAAAGCUCCCACAGAAGAGGAGCAGCACAUGGAUAAAUACUCAUUUCAGUUCUUGCUAUGUGUGUCUACUAACGGACAUGUGACAUUACUUGUUCCCGUCAUUCAAUCAAAGCAGUGUUUUGUUGAGUUCACAGGAAAAUGGGCCUGUUUUUGAAGUAUGAUUAUAUUUAAUAAUAAUGGGUUUAAUUUAUAACGCACUUCAUAUUUGAGUUCAAAUCCCGAAGUGCUACAAGCAGUGAGCAUGGAACCGUAUAAAACAGUACACAACACGGUAGAAUUGAGUAAAAAGCAGUAAAAACAAACAAUACAAAAAUAAAUAAAAGGGUAGUAAUAAAUCAAAUAAAAGGUCUAGGAAAAGGCUCUAUUGAACAGAUGGGUUUUGUUUAGUUUUCACAUACUGGAAGCGUGUCUCAUUGAUCCAAACAUCUGUUUUUGAAAAUAUUUCAGUAAGUCCCGGCUGGUGGGACGACAGCAAGCAUUUCUAAAUCCACUAUUUCCGCUCUAUUUCACAUCUGUUUUAUGUUGAUAGUUAAAGUUGUUUUUUGUGCCUGUUUGGAGUUGUAAAUGCCAUGAUGUUUGUUAUAUUGUGAAUAAAUUAAGCUCUCCCUCUC